AGCUGCUAGCUAGAUAGCAAGGUGCUAAAAGACGUCGCUGUUCAUAGGAAACAUUUCAUUCACGGUUUGUCGGCGGAUAUGAGUCGUACUCCUGAUGCCAGAGCCAGAGAUAACCAGACAAAGAGGAUCCAGGAGAACAUCACCAAUGUGGAGAAACACUUUGGAGAUAUGUGCCAACUGUUCGCUGCCUACGCUCGCAAAACAGCCGGGCUGCGAGACAAAGCAGACCUCCUGGUCCAAGAAAUUGGCACUUAUUCUGACACGGAGACCCCAGAUCUCAAGAGGGGGAUGAAGCAGUUUGCUGAACACCUGGCCAAGAUUCAGGACUACCGUCAAGCUGAGGUGGAAAGACUGGAAGCUAAAGUCAUCGAGCCAUUAAAAAGCUAUGGAGCUGUGGUGAAGCGUAAAAGGGAGGAUCUGAAGACAACUCAAAGUGCCAGAGACAGAGAAGCCAAACAGAUGGCUCGGGUUGAGAGGACCAGACUGAGAAACCCUUCAGACAGACAGAUUAUUUCUCAGGCUGAAAGCGAACUUCAGAGAGCCACCAUGGAUGCCACAAGGACCACCAAGCAACUGGAGGAGACCAUAGAUGAGUUUGAGAGACAGAAGAUCCAGGACAUCAAGAAAGUCUUCGGCGAGUUCGUGACAGUAGAAAUGGCAUUCCAUGCCAAGGCUUUGGAGAUCUACACCUCGGCCUUCCAAAGCAUUCAAAGUGUGGAUGAAGAUGCAGACCUGGAG